UGUUGUUCCUUGCUUUUCCGGGGUCGGUCCACGGCGACCUCCCUUCCCGGUCAGGGAUCCUUCCUCGUCUUCCUCCUCCCCCCACGCGGCUACCAACCCCGACCGAACUUUGCCUUCGUCCCUCUCUCUCUCUCUCUCUACCACCUCCGUCUGAUUCGGGCCUGCCGCAGCCCAACUCCUGCUGACUUCAACAUCCCCCGUCAUUCGCGCCAUGAUUAUUCCUCUUUCUCCCUUCCUGAGAGCUACUACUUGUUGCUGAUCCCCUCCCCUCCCCUCCCUUCCCUUCCCUUCCAGGCCAGCAUCUCCCAACCCAACCUCCUCUGCUCUUCCCCUCAAUUCAAUCCUCACCCGAGCCAAGAGGAGGAGGCGGGCAUUAAUUUGGCCCCUUCUUCUUGCCAGGGACCAAGACAAGCUUAAUCUAGCAGGCAUUAAUGGCGUCGAUCCGCCGGCCGCACUCGCCGGCCAAGCAGCACCUGCUCCGCCACCACCACCCCUUCGCCUCCUCCUCCCCGCCAUCCUCCCCUCUCCGCCACUCCUCCACCUCCUCCUCCUCAUCCCCAAGAAACCACCACCACCACCUCGCCGCCGCCGGCUACCCGCACCCCUUCCUCUUCUUCUCCCGCCGCCCGCUCCCGCGCUUCGCCGCCUUCUUCCUCCUCGGCUCCUUCCUCGGCCUCCUCCACUUCCUCUCCCACCUGCCCCACACCCCGCACAUCCAACCCACCGUUUCCCCCAACAAUCCCGCCGUCACCACCGACUUCCCCAUCGUCCGCCUGCAGGACGACGACGACACCAACACCAACAGGAAGAAGCUGCUCAUCGUCGUCACGCCCACGCGCGCCCGCGCCGCGCAGGCAUACUACCUCAGCCGGAUGGGCCAGACGCUGCGCCUCGUCGACCCGCCCGUGCUCUGGGUCGUCGUCGAGGCAGGCAAGCCCACGCCCGAGGCCGCCGCCGCGCUGCGACGCACCGCCGUCAUGCACCGGUACGUCGGGUGCUGCGAUAAGCUCAACGCCUCCGACUCCUCCUCCAUCGACCUCCGCCCGCACCAGAUGAAUGCAGCGCUCGAGCUCGUCGAGAACCACCGACUCGACGGCAUCGUCUACUUCGCCCACGAGGAGGGCGUCUACUCCCUAGAACUCUUCCAACGCCUGCGCCAAAUCAGGAGGUUUGGCACAUGGCCUGUUCCAGUGAUCUCUGAAGACAGAAAGGAUGGUGUGGUGCUGGAGGGCCCUGUGUGCAAGCAGAAUCAAGUGGUUGGAUGGCAUACAAGUGAGGAUAGCAGCAAGCUCCGUAGAUUUCAUGUUGCUAUGUCGGGUUUCGCAUUCAAUAGCACCAUGCUCUGGGAUCCCAAGCUGAGGUCCCAUUUGGCCUGGAAUUCAAUUCGGCAUCAGGACACGGUGAAAGAAGGUUUCCAAGGAACCACGUUUGUAGAGCAACUAGUGGAGGAUGAAAGCCAGAUGGAAGGCAUACCUGCUGACUGCUCUCAUAUAAUGAACUGGCAUGUGCCAUUUGGAUCUGAGAAUCUUGCCUAUCCUAAAGGAUGGCGAGUUGGGACGAAUCUGGAUGUGAUUAUUCCUCUUAAAUAAUACCACCAGCUAUGUUCAUCAAAGCACUAACUCCUUUGACAGGCAUAUACUGUAGAAUUAAAAGCCAUGAAGCUUUGGCUUGAGUAGUGCAGAGGAAUCCCAUGUUUGACUACAUUUGGGAAGCAGCUCUUGGAAAGAGGAGGCUUCAGUUUUGCGCAACCUAAUGCGGAACUUCUGCUGCUAUAGUCAAACUUUUGGGAGAUAUUUUGUAGGGUGAAAAUUAGUGCAGCAUCAGCAAAGAAGCCAGCAAUCUCGCUGCAAAGCUGUGCAUUGUAUAUGUACAUGUUUGUUGUAUUCAUUUUUUGAGUUCACAAGCCAAAAGGCGACAUAUACAAAGUUUUAAAUCUUCUGCAUAGUUUCAGAUUAUUUUAGGAGUUUCAGUUAAAGCAUGAGUCACUUUAUCUAAAAUUCUGAAUUUCUUGUUCUUGUGAUGUGCUCCGUAAAAAGUGCUGAAUUUCUUGUUAUUUUGUGAUGAUCAGUAAAAGUUAGUAUUGUAGCA